AUGGAGACCUCCACCAGUGUUGCCAACAAUUUCAGCCUCCAGAUAACCCAGUUCAUCCUGAUGGGGCUCCCAGGCAUUCACAGCUGGCAGCACUGGCUCUCCCUGCCCCUGGCUCUGCUCUACCUCUUAGCCCUUGGUGCCAACAGCCUCAUCAUGACCACCAUCCACCGUGAGCCAACCCUGCACCAGCCCAUGUACCAGUUCCUUGCUAUCCUGGCAAUAAUAGACAUUGGUCUGGCCACCACCAUCAUGCCCAAGAUUCUGGCCAUCUUCUGGUUUGAUGACAAGGCCAUACGCAUCCCUGAGUGUUUGGUUCAGAUGUAUGCCAUCCACUGUUUCUACAGCAUGGAGUCAGGCAUUUUCCUCUGCAUGGCAAUAGACCGAUAUGUAGCCAUCUGUCACCCUCUUCAAUAUCCCUCCAUUGUCACUAAUGCUUUUGUCGUCAAAACCACAGGAUUCAUGGUACUGAGAAAUGGUUUGUUAAUGAUCCCAGUGCCGGUACUGGCUUCCCAGAGACACUACUGCUCCAGGAAUGAGAUUGACCACUGCCUCUGCUCCAACUGGGGAGUUAUCAGUCUGGCCUGUGAUGACAUCACUGUGAACAAAUUUUACCAACUCUUCUUAGCAUGGAUCCUGAUUGGGAGUGACAUGGCUCUUGUAUUUUCUUCCUAUGCCCUAAUCCUGCGUUCUGUGCUGAGGCUGAGCUCAGCAGAAGCCCUGUACAAGGCUCUGAGCACCUGAAACCCCAUGGUCUAUGCGCUCAGAAUGAACGAGCUCAGACUGGGCUUUCAGAGGCUGCUUGGGCUGAGAAAAGAUAUGUCCACCACAUAA